CCGGAGCUCUGCCGGCUGCGCACACGCCCUCCCGCCCCGCCCCGCCUUGCUCGCCGCCGCCGCCUCGCCGUGCAGUUGUGAGGAAGACGCUGGCUUAGACUGGACUUUGCACAGGAGGGGAAAAGCCUGGCAUUCCUGAAAAUGGCAGCUGAGACAUCCACACAAGUUCCAAAAACUGCUAAGCAAUCCGUCCUUAAAGAAGAGGUAAUCAUAGAAAGAAAAUGGUUGAAGCUUGAGGAAACAACUUACACUGAUGCCUUUGGUAAAACCAGAACUUGGGAAACCGUGAAGCGUGUUGGCAGGCAAAAGAGUGUUUCAGCUGAUGGUGUGGCAGUGAUAGCUGUGCUGCAGAGAACUCUCCACUAUGACUGCAUCGUCCUAGUGAAACAGUUCAGGCCUCCAAUUAAUGGCUACUGCUUGGAAUUUCCUGCAGGCCUCAUUGAGGAAAAUGAGACUGCAGAAAGUGCUGCAUUGCGAGAGCUGGAGGAAGAAACUGGCUACAAAGGGGAAGUCAUUGAAUGUACUCCAGCACUCUGCUUGGAUCCAGGUGUGUCAAACAGCACAACACACAUCGUGAGCGUUACCAUCAAUGGAGACGAUGCCGUGAAUACAAGACCCAAGCAAAAGCUUGAUGAUGGAGGUAUGUCACAUAGCUGUGCUCCUGGUAACAGGAAGGUCAAGUGUGUUUAAUUUGUGGAAGUUAUUUCACUUCCAAAGAACGACUUACUGCAGAGAAUCGAUGGUAAGAGCUUUCUGACAUUAAAUGCACUAACUUGAGCUUCAAGUAACCAUUAGCAUCUCUUCUCAUAGCUCUUCACAAGUCUAUAUCUUAAACAAAAAGAUGCAGGAGACUUGACCCUACGACAGAAUUACUGGGAGCCUGAGGUGUUCGCAUGAAUAAUCCCAUUCACCACUUUAGUAAUGGACGUAGGAGUUUGUGGAAAGUUGUAACUGCAUCUCAUACUUUCUUUUUCUCUUCCCUUGCCCCUCAGAACUAGUAGCAGAAGAGCAUAUUGCAGUGGAUGCCAGGGUUUAUACUUAUGCACUGGCCCUGAAGCGUGCAACAGAGAAACCGCUCCAAGUUCCUUUCAUGAAGUUCUAAAACUUCACAGUAAUAAAUAUAGCUGAGAAUCCUCCAGUCCAGAUGGCUUAGAAGUGUAACUCUUCUUGUAAUAAAGGUUCCUUACUUGUAGAGUAAAAAAAAUACUUGUAGGAAUGAUUCUGAUAUUUCUACCUGGAAUGAACUGACGGAAAGCAUUUCUUCUAACUGUUUAGUCUAUCUAGCCUUGACAGAAUAAUCAAAAUAAAAAUGCUGCUUAAUUUUCAA